UCCUGCUGGCACCAAGUCCAUUGCCAGGGCUGCCACGCCGGCUCUGUGCUCAGAAGCUUGGUCUGUCCACCACUCCUCCUCCGGUGACUUCUCUGCCACUGACUCCAAGAAAAGCCUCAUGGAGCAGGUUACUGGACUGAAAGCUGCUGUUCCCACACCCCCAGGCCUCCUCUGGGCUGGAGUCAAAUCACUUUCUCCUUCCCGCUUCAGUGCCUCGGCUCUGGACUGUAGCCAUCCUCCCCUGAGCCUCUGGCAAGGCAAGGAACAUCGCCUGGAGUUCUCUGAUUGUGUGGAAACAGCAGAGAAGAGAAAAAAGGAGAGGGAAGGGAAAGAAACCCUGCUUGUCAGGCUGACGGCAGCUCUCUGAACCCUGCCACUGAUUCUAAUGGGACCUGCUGCGCUCCAGCUCAGAUCUCCUCCUUAGCAUGGCCUCUCAGAGCUGGCUUUCCUUUCUUUUUACUACAGCUUUCUGAUCUCCCUGUGAACCUUCCUUUUAUUCCAGAUCAAAAACGUACCUUCUCUCGUGCUCCUGAAGAGCAUCAAGCAGGGCAGGAUGCUUCCAGCUCCCUCCGGCUGCAGUUCCCCAACAGUACCAGAAGUAACUUUGGGUGUGGCUGGGACACGGAUACAUAAGGAAGAAGUUCCCCUGAAACCUUUGCUCGGAGCAGCCCUGCCCACUCGGGUUCCUCGGCGGCUUGGCAGCCAGUCUGUCUGACUCCAUGACUUCCUGCUGCAGCCACAGUGAGCCUGCUGCUGAGUAGGGAGAAAGAAGAAAGACCGGACAGACCCCAAUGUGAGAAUGGCUGUGACUUUGGAGGAAGCUCCGUGGCUGGGCUGGAUCUUGGUGAAAGCCCUGAUGAGGUUUGCCUUCAUGGUCGCCAACAACGUGGUUGCUAUUUCAUCCUACGUCUGCUAUGUAAUUGUGCUUCAACCCCUUCGAAUGCUGGACAGUAAGCGGUUCUGGUAUAUUGAAGGCAUCAUGUACAAAUGGCUUUUAGGAAUGGUGGCUUCCUGGGGAUGGUCUGCUGGAUAUACAGUGAUGGAAUGGGGGGAAGAUGUUAAAGCCAUUUCAAAGGAUGAAGCGGUCAUGUUGGUGAAUCAUCAGGCAACAGGAGAUGUGUGUACACUGAUGAUGUGCCUCCAGGACAAAGGACUGGUUGUUGCGCAAAUGAUGUGGUUGAUGGAUCAUAUUUUUAAGUACACCAACUUUGGAAUUGUUUCUCUAAUUCACGGAGACUUCUUUAUAAGACAGGGAAAAUCUCAUCGUGACCAACAGCUGCUUCUUCUCAAGAAACACCUAGAAAAUAAUUACAGGAGCAGAGGUCGAAAGUGGGUUGUUCUUUUUCCAGAAGGGGGCUUCCUCAGAAAGAGGCGAGAAACCAGUCAGGCAUUUGCCAAGAAAAAUAACUUGCCGUUUCUUACACAUGUCACUCUGCCAAGGAUUGGGGCAACAAAAAUUAUUUUGAGUGCACUUGUAGCACGACAGGAAAAUGGAAGUCCUGCAGGAGGAGAUGCUAAAGAAUUAGACAGCAAAUCAGAGGGCCUCCAGUGGAUAAUAGAUACAACCAUAGCUUAUCCCAAAGCUGAACCCAUAGAUAUUCAAACCUGGAUCCUUGGAUACAGGAAACCAGCAGUCACACAUGUACAUUACAGGAUCUUUCCAAUUAAAGAUGUGCCCCUAGAGACUGAUGACCUUUCCAACUGGCUCUAUCAACGUUUUAUUGAAAAAGAGGACCUCUUAUCACAUUUUUAUGAAACAGGGGCUUUUCCACCUGCCAAAGGCCAUAAAGAAGCUAUUUCCAGGGCGAUGACCCUCAGCAAUACGUGGAUAUUUCUCAUACAGUCUUUUGCGUUUUUGUCGGGCUAUAUGUGGUACAGCAUCUUUCAGUAUUUUUACCAUUGCCUGUUUUAGGAAAUUCACUUGGACUUGUCAAGGUACCAUAGGAAUUUAGACUUUCAUAAGCGUGCAUCAUUUUACAUGGGCAAAUCAGAACAUAAAAAAAAAAAAAAGCAAAGAAAAUUCAAUGGAUGGAUUAAUAUUUAUCCCCCUUUGGGAUGUUUUAAAACUCUACUAAAAUGAGGAUCAAUAAUAUAAUGACCUGCUAAUUAAUAAUGUUUUAAGGACUUUUCACGUUUUAAAAAGGUACACUCUACUACACAUUUAAGCCAACAUCACAUUCGGAGAAGAAGAAAUUGUAAAAUCAUCCUAGAGGACUCUGGAGAAAUUCUCUUGCCACCAGAUAUGCCUGAUAAUCUAGUUCCAGUGCAGAAAGUUGUACGCGUCCGUUCCUCUGAGCUAGCGGUCUCGAUCGGGCAGUGCUUUGGCGUGCCCUCACCCCCCCGCCCCCCGAUCUUGCUGUGUUCCUGGCAGCCUUGAGGUGAGCUUCUUGGCACCUUCCGAAGAACCAUUGCCCUGUUCGCAGUGGCACCCCUGUCCUCCGCGGCUCCGGGAGGUUCGGUGUCCAGCGUGCUCUGGGGGAGAGCAGUGUCCCCUGGACAUAUUCCGGUACUAGAACGUGUGCUUCAAAAAGAGCAGCCCAGUCCAGUGCCAGCGCAACAUGCACGUGCGCUUCCUCUUGUCCACGGGGUGGGGCUGGGGGUGUCCCUGGAUUUCUCUUUGUCUAUAGAAGGCAUAUCAUGGAUUGGCAGUUGUCUUUUACAAAAUGCACUUUUAUCAGAUGCAUAGGUAGCAGAGGAUUAGUACCAUAGCCUGAAAACAAACCCAAGCAUCAUCAGGGAGUAGGAUUCCUGAGAGGCGUCCGGUCCAGCGCCACCUGCACUGGGCCCCACCUGAGGCUUCUGUCCUUUUUUCCCUCCAUUUAGCAUAUUCGCAUCACGUACAUUUGGGGAUGGUUGAAACAAAUUAAUAUAAACUGAUUAAAUGAUCCACUUAAGGCGAAAUAGGCUAGUUUGUUAGAAAAAUAAGAGCUCUGCACGGUCCUAAGAUGGCGAUGUGUUCUCACAUGGUGUCCCCAGAACCCGAGUCCCGUGAGCACGGGGAGGGGCCACCCGUGUCCGAGGGCUGUGACCAGGAGAGAGGCCAGCAGAGAGGAUUCUUGGGCUCUUCCAGUGCUUUGGGAAAAAAGGAGAAAGUCAAGUUUCCAUUUCUAGAGAACAUUUUUUUUUGCCUCUGUGCUCGCAUGAUUUACCUCACAGUAGAACCAAACUUUUCUCAAAAAGCGCUGGUGCAGCAUCCGUCCGUCUCCUGCCCUCCCGGUGCUGGGACAGAGUAUGUUUUCUGGUUUGGGACUCUGUGCUUCUUUAGACCCUAGACAGUCAGUGUAGUUCUCUGUGAGCAUUGUAGAUCCCCUGUUGUCGCUAAUCAUACAAAUGACGAUUUUGAGACGUAGGCCAAAAGAUAAAAAUAAAGGUUAUUGUUUUUUAUUUUUAAAUAAACCAAAAAAAAAAAACAAAAAAACUGGAAAGAUGUGAAUUUUCUCCCAGUUAUGUGGGAAAGGCAAAGCAACACCAAAUAAAAGCCCAUGGCAGCUUCAUCUUUUGGCUAAUUCAGUGCCGAUGUGAAAGCGAGUGAUGCAUUGCCUGAAAUACCUCCUGGACUCUCAGGCUGCUGCUGGGGAAAAGCAGAGGCCCGUGUUCAUGUGUUUGGUCCGGUAACGGUUGUUGUAAGAUGCAAUUUUUUGGAAAUCUAAUACGCCUUGCGUUUCGUGUUUGACAGUGACAGUGAGUCAGUGCAGCCAAUCUCAGUUUAGAGGUACAGUUUAUCAUGGUUGGUGAUAGGAAGCCCGAUCGAAGCUUGAAGAUGCUUCUCUUUGAGGCCCAGCAAACACGACUCGAUUACAAGAUGAAUUGAAAUUGUUCCUUUGAGAGAUUAGUCCGCCUUCUGGGGAUAAGAUGCUCACUCCUGAGUGUGGCACACACAGUCGUAGCUCAUGAACCUUUUCCUCGUCACUGAACAAGCCAUGGGUAGAGUGGCCAAUUCUAUCCAAAAAAGGAAGAGCAAGAAAUGCAUAUCAUAUACCUGCAUACGCCGAUGCGCUUCAGGGCCGCUUUGCCAUCACGGAGCUCCAAAGGAACGUGAUCUCGUUCAACAGCCUGCACGCAUUGAACAGACGGGUCUGCAAGAUGCUUUACUUAGCGCAGUCGUUUCCGCAGUCUUUGACUCGUUGAUGUGUGAGUUAAUUUUUGAAGAUCUGUGAGUUGUAAAUAGAUGUGUAUUUGAUCUACCCUCUCCCUCUUGGGUUCUUUAUCAACAUGUUCUCUCCCUUCUGUUGGCAAAAAAAUAUAUUUGCUCAAGAGCAUUGACAAGUGCUUUCUUUAUCAGUAACUAGAGUUCUCCUGUUUGCUCGGGAAUGUGUAAAGAGAGAAUCAUUUUUAUAUGGCCAUCAGGGAAGCAGCAAUAUGCCACUGUACAGAACUGAACGAAAAGCCCUAAUUUGUAUUUUCUUUGCAAGGUGAGGUCAAAGGUUGUUUAGGGAAUAUGCAUUUUGUCAAAGAGGAAAGAAGAUAAAACAGUGCCAGUUGUAUGCCAGUAGCUUCUAGAAUUUCAGGACUGCUUGGUGUCAGCUGAUCUGCGUAGAUUCACACAGCAGAGAGGGUUGAGAACUCCCUGCCGGAUCCUGGUCUCAGUGAGUCACCGGGAUGGAGCAUCUGCUUGGCCACGGGCAGGUGCGGUGACCACUCCAGCAGUUCGCUCUUGACUUCAGAAACUAUUAUUGGUGUUGAAAGAUGUGGAUAUAUAUUGUGGAGAAACCUAUACGCCACUAGAAGGUAAAGAAAAAUUACAGAAUGAAAAAUGAUGUUUUAGGUGACAAAUGAGUUGAGAAUCUAAAGAGUAGAUUUUUUUAAAAGCCAGCUGUGAGUUCAGAUCUGUCAUGUUAUUAGAUUUUUAAUAUUGCAACAACCCUUAAUUUUCUACAGUAAAAGAACUAGAAAUUACUGGAUAGUUAAUCCAGUAAUGGGUCAUUGUAUGCCAAAAAUCUAAUUGUAUUUAGGAGUUUGAAUUUUUCUUCCCACCCAACUUUCAUUUUCUUCUGGGGAUGCCUAUUAAUUUAAAGACAUAAUUUGAGUUGUUUAUUAGUUUCUCUUGCCUAUGUAUAUUUAUGACUGUUAAUGAGUAGUGAAAAGAUUUGGAAAGACAGCUUCAGGAAGAAGAAACAAAACCCUGAAAAAUCCCUGGGCUAGAGGAGGAAUCCAUGAAAAAUCAAGAGUUGAUGGUGUUGUAAGUUUUCUCAAGCCUUUUUGUGAAAAUGAAAUGUUCAAUCACCAGAUGUAAACCUCAGAACAUCAGCGUAGUGUUGUUUAGGUCGGCGUUAAGAAUAUGCCUCUUCAUUCUGUGUUCACAUCACUCGUCUCUGGUGGUUUUGUUUUAGUAGCGUUUUUUGACAAUCACUUCCCUACAGACUGUUCUGAACUAGCAGGACCUGGUUGUUAUCAUAGAAGGUCAUUUUUAAUCAUGGGUAGUCUUAUGGGAUUCUUUUAUAUUUAAGACCAUUGUAUUUGCGUUGCUGAAUAGGAAAGUUACUUUCUCCACGACACAGGACUUCACUCCAGAGUUACCAUUAUGAGCGUGCCAGCGCCGGUCCACCAAGGGUGCAUUAGUCUUGGUUAGUCUCAUUUUGUCACAAGGUAGUGCUGUGAAAUUUACAUCUGUUGACAUGAAAUGCAGAGUCAUUGCUGCCCUGGGCAGCAGAUACACUGUUCAUUUUAUGAGGCUAUAGAGACGAAUCUGUUUGGGACCACAACCACCUAAAUUGGACAUUUCUAUGUCACAAAGGGGCCGGGUGUUCUCUGGAUCAGUCACUGGUUGGUGCUUUAUUGUAAUCCUUUUGCACUGAUCCCCACCAGUUAGGAACUGGACCCUGGGAAUAAGCUGAGGGUGCUUAACUGUUGGGGGAGGGUGACUGUAGCCAUGUGAAAGACAAAAUAAGGGUUUUUCUGCAAAAUUUCCACUUGAGGAUUUUUACAUUUAAUAUUUUUUUAAAACAGUUAAAAGAGCAAAAAAAAUUUUUAAGUGUAAUCUAGUUGCAAUGUAUGCACACAUUUUGAAUGGCUUUAUUUUUAUUGUGUAAAACUGUUGAACACAUGACUGUGAUGCACAAAUUCUUUACGUGUAAGGAGACUAUGCAUUUUACAGUAUCUCAUUUCAUGACUGAGUAAUGAAACAGUUGUACAUUGAACUGCCAUUGCUGUAUUAAGUGCUUUCCUUUUCUUUGCAGCUAUUACAGAGUUGUAUUUAUUUUAUGCAGGUGGAUUUUCGUUUUCCUGAUGCCAUGAUGUUUACUUCAGCUGUCUUUCUUUCUUUGUGUAUCUGCAUGUUGUCAUGUAUGAUGCAAAUGUAUGUAAAGGCUGUGGCAACUGUAAAUUAGAUUUUGUAAAGGGCUGGUCACAUGUGGAUCUGGUUUAUGAAUGCAUUGGGGAUUAUUUUAGUAAAGAUCCCCUUUUCAAACAUUUAGGUGUGAACACCAAAAAAAAGCAUUUUCUCAACACAAAUUAAUAGCUGGUUCUAUUUUUUUUAAACUUAGAAAAAAUAAAGUUGAUUUUUUUUCAAGUCAAGUGCUUUUAAUUCUUAGUGUUGGGGAGGGUGCAUUUGUAGUUUACCAGAGAUAUUUUGGCAUUAACAUCUGUGGAUGAGUAUCAUGGCAGUUGGAUUCUGAGGGCAAAAUGAAAAACCAAAUGAAAAAACAUUGUACUUUCUUCUUUGGUUUUAGUCUGUUCCCCACACUCCUUCCUCAUUUUUCCCAUCCAGUGGUGUUCUAGGAAAUGUUUACUAGUCUGCUCUCCUAGAGAAAAAAAAAUAUGUAUACAAGUGUAUGUAAGUUUGUUACAACGUUUGCUGAUAGCAAGGAUAUACAACAACACAAUAAAUAAUAAUAAAAUAUACUUUAUUGUAAAUGCCAUAUAGCCAAUUGAUUCUCCCACAAUGCUUUGAUUUUUGCUGAACUCUUGUAGCCAGUGUAGAUCACAAUUCAACUAUGAUUUGAAAAACGGAGUUUCCUCCUAAUCCAUUUAUUACUCAAAUAUAUUGUCAUUCAAUCUGAUAUGUAGUCUGUUAAACUAUGUCUUACCCUUGUCCAAAUUAUACUCAUUAAAGUGAACCACUGUCAGCCUCAGCACUUAUUGCAAGCUUAUAUAAUUUAGUUUGAAUAACAACUGUUUAGCAACUGCUGGCAAAAUUCUAAAAUUUAACAGUCAGUCGUAGGGAGCCGGUAGGAGCAGUCUCUCCAGCACACCACUGCCCUGUGCUUGCUUGUUUUUUGUUUUUUGUUUUAAACUCUUAAUGUUGAGUAAACUCUCAGCUCUUAGGAAAUUCCUAUGACUGACCUUUGCAGUGACUUUAAAGGGUGGGAAAGCGCUAAUAUUGGCCCUACAGAGCGUGCUUUUGAUUUGAAGAAUUGACAAAAGCAAACCUUUCCUGAAGUGCAUGGGAAGCUUGUGCAUUUCUCAAGUUUUCGGGGGUUUUUUCCUGCUUUCAUUUCUCAAAACUAAGUAAACUGAUAAUAGGCAUCUCUAAGCUUUUGUUUUGCUCACUGCAAACAUUUAUUGUUUAGGUAUUUGGAGAAAAUUUUGAUCCCACUGAAAAAUGUUCAGUGUAUUUAAAUAUUUUACACAAUCUACCAGAUAAGUUAAAUAGUUACUGUUCAGUCUACCUCUUCUUUUUCUAUCUGGAUUUAGGCUGCUGUUUUAGUGAGGCUGUAAUCCCACCCCCCCGCCACCCCCCCACCCCCCGCCCGCCCGCCGCCGCCCCGUGUGGUUUCUGUGGAAGACAAAGAACAAACUGAGGGCAGAGGCCGGAAAGCAGAUUUGAAGCACUCUGAGAUCUAUUGCUGACCAGCCCUAUUCUUCCCAAGUCGGGGGAAAAAAACAAAAGCCAUCGUUUUUAAUUUCCACUUAAUAUGAAAAUGUUUGUUUUUAGAAAAUGUUUCUUCUUGCUGAAAAAAAAAAUGUAUUUUUAAAAGGAAAAAAUUUCCUCUUUUGGCUAUAAGAAAAAGUCAGCUGUAUGAGCCGGUGUGACCAUAUCAUAACAUGCUGAUAUGAUAUAAUUCAAUAAAUUUUUACCUCUCAGGA